GAGCGCAGAGGCAGCGGGUGAGUGUGCGUGUGUGCGCGUGUGAGAGAGAGAGAGAGACGCAGAGUAAGAGCGGACUUCACACAGCCGAGUAUUCAAGAGAAGAAAGAAGUGGAGUAGUUGGAAAGUGAUCAUGGAGAGGAUGAUAUCAGGACUCAUGUGGCUCGCCUGCGUCCCACUCUUCUUUACACUGCACGUGUCUCUGGCUUCAGUGUCCGUGAACGUGACUGCGACAGUUGAUGUGAUUAAAGGAGAAACCGCCCGGCUGCCCUGCACCUACACCACCACCGGGACCAUGACCGUGGUCCAGUGGUUCAUUGAGUCCGCAGACAUACGGACACGAGUAGCUUUCAGGUCAUCCACAGACACAGGCCUUGAUGAAAACACGGCAGUAACAGGCCGUGUCACCAUGGAAGAUGAUAUGACCCUGGUCAUCUCUCCAGUUCACGUGUCGGAUGAGAGGAGCUUCUUCUGCCAGGUGAAUGGAGGACCCGUGGGUACCUCAGAGGCUGAGACCAAACUCAAGGUGUUCUUUGCUCCAGAAAAGCCAGUGGUGUCUGAAAAUAAACAACCCAUUCCUUUAAGCCAAGACAACGUUGUUGACCAUCAGGUGGGCAAAUGCACAAGCAACAAUGGUUUCCCUAAACCUCGUAUCGUCUGGUUUAAUGACUCCAACCCUCUGCCAGACACACCAGAUCCUAUAACUGAGAGACAUUACGUGGUCCCGAGGACGGUCAAGGAGUCCUCAGGUCUCUUCACGAUCAGCAGCACUCUGUACCUCAAACCCAAUAAGAUGGAUGCCAAGUCAGUGUUCCACUGCACUGUGGUGUACAAGAUGCCGAACGGGAAGACCGGAAAUAAAAACUCUGAUCCUUUCAACCUCACGCUGCUCUACCCAUCGGAGAACGUGUUCUUCACACUUUUGAACACAUCACCGAUUAAAGAGGGAGAUGAGGUUAAGAUGAAAUGUGAGACGGAUGGGAACCCUCAGCCUCAAUUCGAUUUCAUUAAAAAUGACGUGAUGCUCCAGAGUGGCCCGGAAUUGUUAGUUUUGCACAAUGUCACUCGCAACAGCUCUGGUACCUACAAGUGUGAGGCAAUGGACUUUGAUGCUAUUGGUGUUAACCUGACCAAGAUCCUCACCAUCAAUGUGCACCACCUGGACCCAGUGUCUGUGGAGCCACCCAGCCCUUUGAUGAUUAAUAAAGGUGGUCCCAUUGAGCUUCAAUGCAUGACCAAGGCUUCUGAUGAGUACACCCUGUUAUGGAUGAAGGAUGGUAAGCAGCUGUCCAAGGAUGGUACCCUGAAUCUGCAGUCUGCAGAUUUGGACAGUGCUGGCGAGUAUGUGUGUAUUGCCUCAGUCCCCUCAGUGCCGGGUCUGCAAAAGCAAGCAAAUAUCACAGUAAUCAUCUCAGGUCAGCCUGAGAUUGAUGAACCUAUGACAGGAAAGGUUGCAAGGCAGGGAGAUAUGGUCACUCUCAGUUGUUCUGCUAAAGGCUAUCCUAAUCCACAGUUCAUCUGGAAUCCCUCUGGCAAACAGUCAGUAAAUGUAAAAGGGAAUAAGAUCACUAGCACAAACACCCUGGAGGUCACAGCUACUGUUCUCAAAGAAGGCGUUACUUGUGAAGCAACCAAUCAGCACGGUACAGACAGCAAGAAGUUCAGAGUCGAACUUGAUUCAGGCAACGUAAUCAAUACAAACGACGGUGCAAAAGCUGGCAGUCAACAAGAUGGAUCCAAAGGAGUGGUGGUCGCAGUGUUGGUGUGUGUGCUGCUGUUGCUCCUGCUGGUGGCUAUUCUUUAUUUCUUCGGUAAGAAGGGCAGGACGGCCUGUCGUAAGAAGAAGAAGGAAGCUGCAUCCGGGGAGGAGAUGAAAUCCAGCGAGAAGCCCAAUGAGGGGUCGGGGCUGCUUAAUAAACCCCAAGUAUGAGUGAUAUGAGAGAAGAAUGUGGAGGAAGACAAAUCAUCUGAGGAAUUGAAGAGCAGCAGGGGUGCUUGUGUAUGUGUGGGGGUGUGUGGGGGGGGGUUGUUUUUUUUUCACUCUCUCUGACUGAGGUACCAACCUGAAGCAGAUAUAUUUGAGCUGUAAAUUUUGUUUAGGGUUGGGUUGGGGGAGGCAGAUGGGGUUAGAAACAGCAGGUGGGGUUUGACAUAGUGGUUGGGGUUAUGGACAGUGGGUUUAAACAUUUUUUUGUAAAGGUGGUCUUCUCUUUCUUUUAUGGGGGGUAAAUUUAAAACGCUGUCUUGUAUUUUUUUUUUUUUUUCCUAAAAUGAGAAUCCAAUCAUUGUCCACUGAUCAUGACACUACUCUGUGGAAAAGAAAGAAAGCAUUGGAAACUCAAUCCAGCACCGGGUCUACUGCCAAAUUUCUUUUCUACCCCAGUAUCCAGAUCUUUUAAUUAAAUCACUGUGCCACUGGAUUGAGCUUUCACCUGUGCACUAGUUUUUUCAACUUAAUCUGCAGACACUUUGACACUGCACUUACUUCCUGUCUGUUCUUUCACAGUUCUUCUCACUGAAAGUGCACUGACACCUCUUGAUCAACUUUAUAAACACUCCUCAUAACCAGACUGUACACUUUGUCCUGUACAAAUUGCCUGACUAUGGACUUGCAUGUUACCGAAAAUAGCCUGUCUCUCUUUUUCUCUCAACGUUGUAUGUAUAGCUAAAUGUUUGCUUUUUUAAAAAAAAAAAAUCUGUAUUACAUGGUAGCUUCUUAUACAGCACUCUCAAUCCAUCUGUAAAGUUUGUUCAAACCAAAUGCUUGGAGGUGCCAUGUAGCGAGUGAUUAGAAAGUGAGAAAUACAAGGUCACGACACUGAAUGCUCUGACAUGUACAGGAUAAAAAAAUGAGUCACUUUUUUUUUAAUAUCCCCCGCUGGCUGAAAGGCCUGAAGGGGGAUUAUGUCGUGGCGAUUUCCGUCCGUCCGUCCGUCCCGGGAAGGGUACUCACCUUCUGAAAUCAACUCUUCUCACAAUUUUUGGAGGAAUUUCACGAAACUUGGCAGGAUUCUUUGUUAUAUGUCGGUAAUACACAUAUUGUAAUUUCGUUAAAUUGGGUCACAUUUUACCAGAGUUACAGCCCUUGAUUAACAAAAUGAUACUUUGACAAUUUCAUGAGUAUGUUUUCCUUCUGAAAUCAACUCCUCUCACAAUUUUUGGAGGAAUUUCAUGAAACUUGGCAAAAGGCAUUGUUGUAUGUCAUUAGUACACAUAUUGUUAUUUUGUUCAAAGCGGUCACAUUUUACCAGAGUUGUGGCCCUUGAUUAACAACCUUGUACUUUCACAAUUUCAUGAAGGUGUGUUUUCCUUCUGACCAUCAACUCCUCUCACAAUUUUUGGAUGAAUUUCUCAAAGCUUGGCAAAAGGCCUUGUUAUAUGACGGAAAUACACAUAUUGCGAUUUAAUUUUGUUUGUGAAAAUUUUAGCAGAGUUUUGACCCUUGAUUAAAUAACUUGUACUUUGACAAUUUCAUGAGGGUGUAUGUUCUUCUGAAAUCAACUCCUCUCAUAAUUUGUGGAGUAAUUUCACCAAACUUGGCAAAAUGCUUUGUUAUAUGACAGUUAUAUGAAUAUUGAAAUUUCAUUUAAUUUGGGCAAAUUUUACCAGAGUUAUGCCCUUGAUUAAUAACAAACUUGAACUUUGGCAAUUUCGUCAAGGUGUGCUUGCUUUCUGAAAUCAACUUCCUUCACAAUUUUUAUUAUCCCCCACUGGCCAAAAGGCCCAAAGGGGGAUUAUGUUGUGGCGAUGUAUGUCCGUCCGUCCUGGAAAGGGUACUCACCUUCUGAAAUCAACUCCUCUCACAAUUUUUGGAGGAAUUUCAUGAAACUUGCCAGGAUUCUGUGUUAUAUGUCAGUAAUACACAUAUUGCAAUUUUGUUCAGUUCAGUUGCAUUUUACCAGAGUUAUGGCAUAGUUGCCAGCGGGGGAUAUUGUGCUCUCAGAGCACUCUUGUUUUUUCACCCUGUGACCUUGUGUUUUGUGUUUUUUCUUUCUUUUUUUUUUUUCCUGAAUCUGGAUGCCUCAGGGCAACCUGCUCAUGUUCAAAGAGUUUGUUCAGUCGAGUAAUUUAAACAGCUGAGGAGAAAAACACGGAACUCUUCUCUAACUAGAUAAUUAGACUUUAAAGCUGAGUUACAUGUCCAUGCACAGUAUUAAGAAGAAGACAUGCUGUUGUUUUUCUUGGGUGUGUAUGUAUUAAGCUGUGAGAAGUGGAA